AUGCAUUGCCCAGAGCAGUAUAUCAAAGAUAAUGGUAUUCAACGGAGGAAUGCCAGAUAUAUCUCAAAUAUAUAUAUAGAAAAAAUGGUAUGGAAAUCUAAUGAAAUAGUUUUAGACUUAGGAUGUGGACCAGGUGAUGUUACCUCAGAUAUUCUUUAUCCUUUUUUAAAGAAUAAAAUCAAUCAGUUGGUUGGUGUUGAUAAAUCAAUAGAAAUGGUAGAAUUUGCAAAAAAAACCUAUGGAUGCUCCGAGAUGGAUUUCAAGGUUCUGGAUAUAGAAAAUGCCCAUGACUGCUCUUUUCACUCGCACAGAUUUAACAAAAUAUUUUCAUUUUUCUGCUUUCACUGGGUUCAAAAUAAAGUUGAUUCCUUGCUGAAUAUGCACUUAAUGUUGAAAAGUGGUGGAGAAAUUCUGGUUAACUUCCUGUUAAUUGAUCCAUUAGCUGAAUUGUAUGAAUGUAUGGAUACAGAAUGGCAAAUAUAUAUUAAAGAUAUAAAGCAGAGAUAUUCACGAUUCACGAUUCACCAUUCACGAGAUGAAAUAAAAGACAUUUUCACCAAGGCUGGAUUUCGAGUUAUUAAUAUAGAAUCAAGUGUCAAAAAAUAUACAUUUCCAGACUUCUCAUCAUUUUUAAGUACCAUCAAACCAGUAGAUGUUAUGUACAGUAUUUUGCCACAACAUUUGCAUGACAGAUAUUCCAUGCAUGUUAAAGAUACAAUAUGUGAGAGACAAAUUAUGGUUCAAAUAUGUCCGAUUACAGGAGAAACAAUCAUGGCAUAUCUUCCUAUUACUGUGCAUGCUGUCAAAGAUUAA